AUGGGAAGGGGAAGGGCUCCUUGCUGUGAUAAGAGCAAAGUCAAGAAGGGGCCUUGGAGUCCUGCCGAGGAUUAUAGGCUCAUCUCUUUCAUUCAGAAGCAAGGCCAUGCUAACUGGCGUGCUCUUCCAAAACAAGCUGGGCUGUUGCGAUGUGGAAAGAGCUGUCGAUUGAGGUGGAUUAAUUACCUAAGACCUGACGUCAAGCGAGGCAACUUCACCCCUGAAGAAGAGCAAACCAUCAUUAACUUGCAUAACGCUCUGGGAAACAAGUGGUCUAAAAUUGCAUCUCAUUUACCAGGAAGAACUGACAAUGAGAUCAAGAAUGUUUGGAAUACGCAUUUGAAGAAAAGACUGGUUCUUGGAAAUGAUGAUGCUAACUGUCAUCAAAAAAUUGAAACUAGCAACUCAUUCACAAGUUAUUCUGCUUCGCCUUCUCCUUCCUCCAGUUCCUGCAUCUCUUACGGGGACCUGAAUACGGAAAAAGGACCUGGGGGCGAUCAGGAGGGCCUACACUCCAAAGUUGAUGAGCAGCAGGAACCGUGCACUUCGCCAACUCAUCCAAAUGCACCUAAUCUGGAAAACUUCAGCCAACCUGCUGAAGAAACCUGCUCGCUCGACAGCUGCAUUAAGUCAAAGGCAUCUCCUGAGGUUCGAAAGACCACGACCGACGAACCUAAAGAAAUGGCUCAAGAUGGGAAUAUCAUGGAGAUCCCACUGGAGCCGGAUGCUGAUUUUUGGAACUUUUUGGACGGUUUAGAUCCUAUGGAUAAGUCCACUGAAUCUCAACCACAGCAGGAAUAUGGGGUCUCCCAGAGCUCAAACUCGGGAGAAAACCAUCAGGAAGAAGUUCAUGAAUACAAGAGGUGGUUGAGAUACUUGGAAAAUGAACUUGGACUCGUUGGAGGCAAUGAUGGGGAAUGUCCACAAAAGGGUGCAGGCGCAGAACAGCAGCAGCAGCAAUUAGUCACAGAUACUUCAGACGAUGAGAUGAUGUCUAGGCCAGAAUUUGAUCCAGCUGCUAUGGCUUACUUUUCAAUGUGGCCUUCUUCGCCUCAAAACUUUGGUAUCUGAAGUCAAACUUGGAACUUGUGAUUCGUGGAGAUCACCGAACUUAGCAUUGACAAACUUUGUUAUCUAGCUAAUGAAUUAGUAAUAACUAGGAAUCCUUUCACAUGAAACAGAGGUAUACAUACAAAAAGUACAAACACAGGGCAUUCUCAUGUAUGAUCUGGUAUCUGUCAUUCUCCAGAGAUUGUAUCUUAGACUAAGACUGACGAAGA